AUGUCGGAUCCUCUUGACUUUGUAAAAAAUGAAACUCCUAGCUUGGAUCAAUCUGCGUGGCUAGCAUUGGAGUCGAACCCAAAAGUUUUCGAUGAAUUCGCCAAGAAAGUAGGCUUGGCAGAUCGUUUCGAGUUCGUAGAUUACUAUGGACUUGGGAUCCUAAAGCAACCCGCACUUGCGUUCUUAUUGCUCUUUCCUUGUUCAGAUAACUUGUUCGAUUACCAACAGAAACAAGAAGAUGCUCUACAGGAGAUUCCUGACUAUUUGAAACGAUCGAAACACUUGUGUUUCGUAAAGCAAGUUCAGGGAUUUGGAAAUGCCUGUGGAACCAUUGCUUGUUUGCACGUCUGCCUCAAUACUCACGGGGCGAUGGAUGAAACGACACCAUUGAGAAGCUUCCAAGAGUCGUCUAAUAGUAGCACGCCUCAAGAACGCGGAGAACUGUUGAAUCAACUGGAUGCAUUUAAGUGCGUUUCCGACACAGUAGCUGACGCGGAGACUGAGCGAGUAAUCAAGUUGGAUGGCACAAAAUUUGGACCCAUUGAUCAUGGGACAUCGUCACUGGAAGACUUUGAAGAAAAGACAUGGGGAGUAAUCCAGCAGAAUUUUCUGCGAGUGGAACCGGAUUCGCUGGAGUUUUCUUUGAUGGCUUUGACCUACAAGGAAGAAUCAUAG